AAAAAAAAAAAAACAAUGAAAAACGCAAUUCAUUGUGCUCUUGUGAUUAUCGCAGCGGCUGCUGCUGUUGCCGCUGCAGAUCGACCGUAUAGAAACAGCUUUGUCAAUCCAUAUCCGCGCUAUAAGUACUUCAACGAUGGCGUCGAUCCCGGCCAGCCGCUAUUCCUAACGCCCCUCAUCGAAGAUCAGAAGGUGCCCAUGGAAAAAGUGCGUCAAAUGGCGCGUGUUUCUGGCUCCCAGUUCCACAAUGUGGAGAGCUAUGCGGGCUAUCUGACUGUGGACAAGGGUUACAAUUCGAACAUGUUCUUCUGGUAUUUCCCCAGUGAAACAGAUCCGGAUUUUGCGCCAGUUGUGCUCUGGCUGCAAGGUGGACCCGGUGCCUCCUCGCUGUUUGGGCUCUUCACUGAGAAUGGGCCGCUGCAGCUCGAGGGUCAGGGCAAAGUACAAUUGCGUAACUAUACCUGGAGCAAGACACACAAUCUGAUCUACAUAGAUAAUCCUGUGGGCACGGGCUUUAGUUUCACGGACCAUGACGAGGGUUACGCCCGCAACGAGAAAGAUGUGGGCCGGAAUCUUCACGAGGCUGUAAUGCAGCUAUACGAACUCUUCGGUUGGGGCACCUCCUCCGGUUUCUGGGUCACCGGCGAAUCCUAUGCCGGUAAAUAUGUUCCCGCUCUGGCCUAUCAUAUACACAAAGUCCAGAAUUCCAUUGAGACGCGGGUCCAUAUUCCACUGAGAGGCGUGGCCAUUGGCAAUGGGCUUUCCGAUCCGUUGCAUCAGCUUAAAUACGGCGACUAUCUCUAUCAGCUGGGCCUGAUCGAUGACAAUGGAUUGAUCCAGUUUCAUGAGGCCGAGAUGAAGGGCGCCGAGUUGAUUGAGAAGCGGGAUAUGAGUGGCGCCUUCGAGGUCUUCGAUUCGCUGAUCAAUGGUGAUCUGACCAACGGCUCGAUCUUUAGCAAUCUGACCGGCUACAAUUGGUACUAUAAUUAUCUUAAUACUAAACCAAAUCCGGCGGAUGCCCAGUUGGGAAAGUUUUUGCAGGCGGGUGCCACUCGACGCGCCAUUCAUGUGGGCAACCAGCCCUUCCAUGAUCUGGAUAAGGAGAACAAGGUAGAGCUGCAUUUGAAGGAGGACGUCAUGGACACGGUGGCUCCAUGGAUCGCUGAGCUUCUCAAUACCUACACCGUGUGCAUCUAUAGCGGGCAAUUGGACAUCAUUGUGGCCUAUCCGCUGACUCGCAACUAUUUGAAGAAGCUCAAGUUUCGGGGUGCGGAAAAAUAUAAGAUCGCACCACGUGAAAUUUGGCGAAUCGAUGGCGAGGUGGCGGGCUAUGUGAAGCACGCCGGGCAUCUGGUUGAGAUUAUGGUACGCAAUGCUGGCCACAUGGCUCCACAUGAUCAGCCCAAGUGGCUCUAUGAAAUGAUCAACCAUCUCACGCAUUACAAACGUUAAAAUUGCAAAAAACAAGCAG